AUGGGUAACGGAGUGACAAAACUGAGUAUGUGUUUCACCGGCGGAGAUCGUUGCCGGGAAAAAGAAAUCUCCGUUCUGCUUCCGGAUCCUUUAGACGAAGGUUUAGGUCACUCUUUCUGCUAUGUUCGACCUGACCCGACUCUAAUCACUUCCUCAAAAGUCCAUUCAGAGGAAGAGACGAAAACUUUCCAUACAAUUUCCGGCGCUUCCGUUAGCGCCAACACAGCGACUCCACUCUCGACUUCUCUCUACGAUCCAUACGGUCACAUCGACCGAGCCGCUACAUUCGAGAGCACGACUUCGUUUUGUUCAAUUCCUUUGCAACCGAUCCCUAAAAGCUCCGGUGGUGGUCCGAUCGUCUCUGGUUCUGGUCCAAUCGAAAGAGGCUUCCUUUCUGGUCCGAUCGAGAGGGGAUUCAUGUCGGGUCCUCUUGAUCGGGUCGGGUUAUUCUCGGGUCCGCUUGAUAAGUCAAGCUCCGAUCAUCAUCAGUUUCAACGUAGCUUCUCUCAUGGUUUAGCUUUACGGGUCGGGUCAAGAAAAAGGUCUUUGGUUCGGAUCUUACGUAGAGCGAUCUCGAAGACGGUUUCACGAGGUCAAAACUCGAUCGUUGCUCCGAUCAAAUCAGUCAAAGAAUCCGAUUGGGGAAUCAGAUCGGAGAAAAGCCGGAAUCUGCAGAAUCAGCACAACGAGAAUCUCACUGUUAAUAGCUUGAAUUUUAGCAGCGAAGGAAGUUUAUUAGAAGACGACGUUUCUCUCGAAAGCCAGAAUCUUCAAUGGGCUCAGGGGAAAGCCGGUGAGGAUCGAGUACACCUGGUUGUAUCGGAGGAGCACGGUUGGGUUUUCGUCGGAAUAUACGACGGAUUCAACGGUCCAGAUGCGCCGGAUUAUCUUCUCUCCCAUUUAUAUUCUGUGCUUCAUCGAGAGCUUAAAGGUUUGUUAUGGGAUGAUCCAAAUCUCGAAUCAACCGAUCUAGAGAGGUCUAAUGGCGACGAAUCUUGUUCAAAUCGGGAAAGUGAUAAUAAUAACCGAUGGUGGAGAUGUGAGUGGGAUCGAGAAAAUCAAGAUCUUGAUCGUCGAUUGAAGGAACAGAUCAAUCGGAGAAACGGGUCUGAUCGGUUAUCGACGACGGCGACGAACCAUUCCGAUGUUUUACAGGCUUUGUCACGAGCACUGAGGAAGACGGAAGAAGCAUACCUAGAUACUGCAGAUAAGAUGCUUGACGAAAAUCCUGAACUAGCUUUAAUGGGUUCUUGUGUUCUUGUCAUGUUGAUGAAAGGUGAAGAUAUUUAUGUGAUGAAUGUUGGCGAUAGUAGAGCUGUGCUUGGUCAGAAAUCCGAACCGGAUUACUGGUUAACGAAGAUUAGACAGGACUUGGAACGGAUCAACGAAGAAACAAUGAUGAACGAAGGUUGUGAUGGAGAUCAAUCCUCUUUAGUCCCGGAUUUAUCGGCUUUUCAGCUCACUGUUGAUCACAGCACAAAUGUUGAAGAGGAAGUUGAGAGAAUCAGAAACGAGCAUCCGGAUGAUUCUACCGCAGUGACGAAUGAACGGGUUAAAGGUUCCUUGAAGGUCACAAGAGCAUUUGGUGCCGGUUUCCUCAAGCAGCCUAAAUGGAACAAUGCGCUUCUUGAGAUGUUCCAGAUCGACUACAUAGGGAAAUCUCCGUAUAUCAACUGCUUACCGUCUCUAUACCAUCAUAGAUUAGGGUCGAAAGACCGGUUUCUAAUAUUAUCAUCGGAUGGUCUCUACCAAUACUUCACAAACGAAGAAGCGGUUUCAGAGGUUGAGCUGUUCAUCACAUUACAGCCUGAAGGAGAUCCAGCUCAACAUCUUGUACAAGAGCUUUUGUUUAGAGCUGCUAAGAAAGCUGGUAUGGAUUUCCAUGAAUUGCUAGAGAUACCACAAGGUGAACGAAGACGGUACCACGAUGAUGUUUCAAUAGUAGUGAUCUCUUUAGAAGGAAGAAUGUGGAAAUCUUGUGUAUAA